AUGGCUACUCGCUUAUUUUUGGUGGUGUUGGCGGUUUGUGCUCUCUCCCUGCCAACCUCCGCCUCGGACUGCACCGAAAAGAAGUUCAAGUCGGGUACAGUAUGCGUGUGUGACCUCACAAAAUGCGAUGAGAUUCCAAAUAUCGAUUUAUCGUCUGGACAGGCGGCCACAUUCACCACAGCCAAUUCUGGAGCACGUCUACACCGUGAUAUCGUGUACGCGACGAAUAGUGAUCCGUUAACCAGUCUGCAUUUGACAAUUGACUCCUCAAAAACGUACCAGACGAUUCAAGGUUUCGGUUCGACGUUUUCCGACGCUUCUGGCGCCAAUUUGAGAAGUCUUCCCGAUAAAUUAGCGGAUACAGUAAUCCGACAGUACUUUUCGGAGUCAGGCCUAAACCUUCAAUUCGGACGUGUUCCCAUUGCCAGUAACGACUUUUCCAGUCGUGUCUACACGUAUAACGACGUGGCCGACGACUACAGUAUGACACACUUCAGUUUGCAACGGGAGGACUAUCAGUGGAAGAUCCCCUAUAUGCAAAUGGCUCAAAAGUACAAUCACAACUUGAAGUUUUUCGGAGUGCCUUGGAGCGCCCCAGGAUGGCUCAAGACUACAAACUCCACUUCGGGUUACGGUAGUCUGCUCGGUUCGAGUCAAGGCACCUAUCAUAAGGCCUAUGUGACGUAUCUUUUGAAAUUUUUCGAGGAAUAUCAGAAAAAUGGAAUCGAAUUCUGGGCGAUGAGCACUCAAAAUGAGCCAACAAGUGGUGGGGAUAAGAAGACGAAGGCGCAGUCGAUGUUGUUCACUGCCGAGACUCAACGAGACUUUAUCAAAUUGGAUCUCGGGCCGGCGUUGAGGACGUCAAGUGCGGCGAAGGCGGUGAAGGUACUCAUUAUGGAUGAUAAUCGAGGAAAUUUGCCGAAAUGGGCGGAUACGGUCCUUAAAGACUCUGAAACUGCGUCCUACGUCGCCGGAAUCGGUCUCCACUCGUAUCAGGAUUCGGAAAGUGACAAACAUCUCCAACAAACCCACGAUAAUCACCCAAAAUACUUUAUUUUUGGCACGGAGGCCAGCGAGGGAUACAAGUCGAAGGAUUCAGUGGAUUACGGUAGCUGGGAUCGUGCGGAAGAUUAUGUUGAGGAUAUUUUGGAUGACCUAAACAACUGGGUUGCCGGUUGGACAGAACGGAAUCUUAUCCUAGACGCCCAGGGUGGACCGUCUUGGGUGUCUGACUUCGCCGAUGCACCAAUUAUUGCGUUCCCCGCGUUGGCGCAGUUCUACAAGCAACCAAUGUUCUACGCUAUUGCACAUUUUAGUCAUUUUAUCAAACCGGGAGCUGUGAGAAUCGAUCAUUCACUCAAUCUACCCAACUUGGACAUUCAAAAAAGUGCAUUCUUGAAUCCAGAUGGCUCGAAAGUGGUCAUAAUUCUGAAUAAGAAUGUUUUAGCCCCUUAUAGUGUCAGUGUCAAGGACAGUCAACGUUCCUCAGAUCAUUAUCAGGUUCAUAUGGGUCCCAGAUCAAUUGUUACUUUGUAUAUUCAGAAUUAA